GCCCCGGCCAGAUGUCCUUCACCUUCGCUUCCCCCACGCAGGUAUUCUUCAACAGUGCCAACGUGCGGCAGGUGGAUGUGCCCACACUGACUGGAGCCUUUGGCAUCCUGGCGUCCCAUGUGCCCACUCUGCAGGUCUUACGGCCGGGGCUGGUUGUGGUCCACGCUGAAGAUGGCACCACUACUAAGUACUUUGUGAGCAGUGGCUCUGUCACAGUGAACGCUGACUCCUCCGUACAGUUACUGGCUGAAGAGGCUGUGACACUGGACAUGUUGGACCUGGGGACGGCCAGGGCGAAUCUGGAGAAGGCACAGUCGGAACUUUCCGGGGCCGUGGAUGAGGCCGCACGAGCAGAGAUCCAAAUCCGAAUCGAGGCCAACGACGCCCUAGUGAAGGCCCUAGAGUAGCCGGCUUGCUGGCCAGAAGCCUGUCACCUGGCCAGGUCCGACAGCCACCCACCACCCUCUACCCUGCAGAGCCUACUUUGGAGACCUGCCUGCUCCAACCUCCACAGAAUAGCUGCCCCGGCCCCCAUUCCCCUAUAAAGAUGAGGAACCCUAA